AUGAGCUCCGGCGAUGCGAAUUUCCCGAUAUCUGUUUCGUCCCUCCAGUUCCCCUCCGCGGCGCAAUCUGUCUCGCAAACGCUGUCGUCGCUGCGGCGAUCUACGCUCUCAAUUACGAAUCGACUGCGAUCCAUCGAAGCGGAUUCUCGUUUCGUGCAGGAAGUCGCAAACCACUACCGUCUUCCUCUCAUUGCCAACGAGAGAUGUGGGAGUUGGUAUAUCCCCCCGGAGAGAAAGGCGGGGAGUGCCUACUUCAAGAGCACUGAUGGCCACACUGGCCAGUGGGAUUUCAGUUUUCGGAGACUAAAUCUCCAGGUUCUUCCUAUUGCUCGAGAGCAUGGCGGAUGCAUCAUCGUGGACUCCACGCGCAGGGGUAAACUGAUGCCCGAUGCUUUGUCGAAGACGGUCCCUAUCUGGUGCGCCGUAAUGAACAGGGCGCUAUUUCCAUCAGAUACCGGGCUCCAUGCGGUGCAAUUCCCGCCUAAUUACCUGGGUGAAUCAGAAGAAUACCAGAUCGAAAAGAGAAUAGAUGGAUUUGUAACGUCCCUGAAAGAACUGAAAUUAGACCUGGACGAACUUCGAAGGAGCCUUGGUAAGCCAAUUCGAAUCGCAUGGGCAAACCAAUCAUAUUUCUACCCGACAGAUCUCCAAAAAGGGGAUGACUAUAAUCUUUUCGUCCUCUGUUCUGCUUCAAAACGAGUACAUGGGGCUGAAAUGUCCGAGGGCGGUUAUAUCCAAGGUGCAGGUGAUGAUAGUGAGGGAUGGUCUCAUGGCCUGACGCCUCCUGUUUUCUGGGCAAAUAAAUCCACGCUCUUUGCUACAGAAGAAAGUGACUUGCCCGAGCUUAUUGAGCAGCUGGUGGAAGAACAUCGCAAGCACGGAGCUGGUCCACAAGCUACACUGAUCCAACCAACUCGGAAUCUCUAUAUUGGCCAAGCAGGUGAUGCUUCAAGCAGAAGUGAGGCGUAUGACCUCGUCAUAGCCUGCCAUGACAAGCCUGUUGAGUCUGAAGGCGAUGCAAAGAAGCUCAACCUAGGCUGCAACACGUCUAAGCUUGGCAGUCGAGACCUGCGGAAAGCCUUAGACCGAGUGAAAGCAUUUGUCGAGACUCAUCUAUCUGCAGAUCCAUCUCGCACACUGCUGGUAACUUGCGAAACGGGGAAAGAUCUCUCCGUAGGGACACUACUGGCCAUCAUCUGUCUGUUCUACGACGAUAACGGUAACCACUGUUUGAAUAAAUAUCGAAUGUUCCUUGUUCAGCUGACGGUUCUGCGCAGGCAACUUUGUCGGACUACAAACAGGAACUUCAAUGGACAAGCAGUUCAUUCGGCAGCGACUGGCAUGGAUUGUCACGUCCAAGCAUGA